UUGGUUCGAGCCUGUACCAAUGAAACCCCAGGAGUUCCACCAGGGAGUGGAUGUUUCCUAUAGUGUUGCUGGGAUAAACAGCAUAUAUACGGACUACAAGGCAGCGGCGCCAGCCUACAAGGCGCCACGGGCGCCAUGAAGGCCCUAGGAUGGAACUGCCAAGGCAUGGGCAAGAGCCUUGACAGUGAGAAAAUGUGCCAUUUUGCCAGGAUGAUACACUCCACAAAAGCUCAGGUAAUUUUUGUCUCUGAAAUCAAAUCCUCCAAAGUUAAUGCUGCCGAUCUCGUCACCCGGUUUAGUAUGGCUGAUAGUAUUGUAGUUCCCUCUCGACGGCGUUCCGGUGGUCUUUGGCUUAUGUGGAAUGAUGAUCUCCAAGUUUCUGUACAUACUGCUAGUUUCCAUAUCAUCCUAGCUAGGGUUGUUCAUAGUAUUUCUAAUCUUAAGUUUGGUCUUGUUUGUAUUUAUGGUGAUCCUUACCACCGUCAAACUAAUCAAAUCUGGGACCAGGUGGCUUCUUUUGUGUAUGAUAAUUGUAGUUUACCUAUUUUAUGUAUCGGGGAUAUGAAUGAACUUUUGUACGAUAUGGACAAAAAUUCCCCAAAUGUUAAUCGCGCUCGGAUGAAUGUGUUCCGCUCGUUGGUUAAACAAUGUGGGUUUUUUGAUCUUGGUUUUAGUGGUCCGGCGUACACUUGGACAAAUAAACGCUUCUCCUCGAACCCUGUUUUCGAACGACUAGAUAGGUGUUUAGUCAAUGCGGAAUGGUGUGAUGCCUAUCCCAUUUCCAAUGUUUACAACAUGCCUAUCAUUCAUAGCCUUAGUGAUCAUGCUGCUAUUUUAUUAUCCACCGAUGGUCCGGUCCGCAAAAUAAAGCGCUCUUUCAAAUUUGAAAAUUGGUGGCUCAAAGAGCAAGACUUCCAAUCUCAUGCUCAGGCUGUUUGGUCCACUAGUUCGAAACGUUCUUUCUAUUCCAGAACUAACCACCUUGCAGGAGCUCUAAGAAUUUGGUGUAGGAAAAAGAAACCCUUGCAGCAAGAACUCAAUGCACUCGAAGAGAAGAUUAAACAAGUACAAAUGCAACCAGCGCACCUUCAGGAUCAUAACCUUGAAACUCAGUUGGUCAACAGCUACCAUCGCACAGCCAGGACUACACUUACACCAUACCGGAAAAGCAAGAACUUUUGGAAACGCUCAAUGACAUGAAAAGGAAUGCAUCGCCAGGACCAGAUGGUUUCAACGUAGAAUUUUACUUGGCCAC